GAGACGCUGAGCCCAGGGCCCACGUGCGGGUCUCGCCAGGACCCCAGGCCCCAUGGCGCAGAAACCGAUCAGCACCGCUGCGGCCGAGCGCAUGAACCUCGUGGCCCAGGACAAGAUCUGGAAAUUCCGUCUGAAGGCUGAGAACGAAGCACGGCAAAACUGGGCCCAGAACUGGGGAUUUUUAACAACCCCCCUUGAGGAGCUGAUCAAGUGUGAGGAAGAACCCGCCACCCCGAAGCCCAAAAUCGAGCUUCCCGAGCGCUUCCGCAUCCGGCCAGUGACCCAGGUGGACGAAUACAUCAAGGUGUUCCCAUCGCCCCCGGUUCCAAAGACGACCCAGGGCUUCAUCGGAUGGAGAUCCGGGGUGCCGGGCCUGAACAAGUGUCUGGAGCACGAUUACGAGAUCAGGAGCUGCAAAGGGGCGUAUGCCAAGGAGCUGAACUGGCCGAAGCAAGGCAUACACUGAGUCCAGACCGAGACUCCGGCCCCUGGAGCGAGGGAGGGUGGACCGCUGGGCCCCGGGCCCGUGCUGGGAAAGGAAGAGCUCCCGGCCUCCCCCCGAGGACAGGGUUCCCCUCCACAUUUGCCCACGGGAUGUUGUUGCAAAGAACACAAAAUAGCCCUUAGACAUGUUCAAUUCAUCAAUGCCUCCCUUCCGGAACAUUCUUGUAACACAUUCAUUCUUGGCUAAUGCAAUGAAUAAAGCAAAA